AUGUCGUCGUCAGUAGCUAAUAAUAACACAGCCCAGUUGUCAAAGAUCACAGAUGAGGGACCACUCAGGACCACAGAUGUUGAAGUUUUCCCCCCCAGGACCACAGAUGUUGAAGUCUUCCACCAAGGACCACAGAUGUUCAAGUCUUCCCCCACCAGGACCACAGAUGUUCAAGUCUUCCCCACAGGACCACAGAUGUUCAAGUCUUCCCCACAGGACCACAGAUGUUCAAGACCACAGAUGUUCAGUCUUCCCCCAGGACCACAGAUGUUCAAGUCUUCCCCACCAGGACCACAGAUGUUCAAGUCUUCCCCCACAGGACCACAGAUGUUCAAGUCUUCCCCCACAGGACCACAGAUGUUCAAGUCUUCCCACCACCAGGACAACAGAUGUUCAAGACCACAGAUGUUCAAGUCUUCCCCACCAGGACCACAGAUGUUCAAGUCUUCCCCCACCAGGACCACAGAUGUUCAAGUCUUCCCCACCAGGACCACAGAUGUUCAAGUCUUCCCCCACCAGGACCACAGAUGUUCAAGUCUUCCCCCACCAGGACCACAGAUGUUCAAGUCUUCCCACCAGGACCACAGAUGUUCAAGUCUUCCCCCACCAGGACCACAGAUGUUCAAGUCUUCCCCCACCAGGACCACAGAUGUUCAGAGUCUUCCCCACCAGGACCACAGAUGUUCAAGUCUUCCCCCACCAGGACCACAGAUGUUCAAGUCUUCCCCACCAGGACCAGAUGUUCAAGACCACAGAUGUUCAAGUCUUCCCCCACCAGGACCACAGAUGUUCAAGUCUUCCCCACCAGGACCACAGAUGUUCAAGUCUUCCCCACCAGGACCACAGAUGUUCAGAGUCUUCCCCACCAGGACCACAGAUGACCACAGAUGUUCAGAUCUUCCACCACCAGGACCACAGAUGUUGAAGUUUUCCCCAAAAGGACCACAGAUGUUCAAGUCUUCCCCACCAGGACCACAGAUGUUCAAGUCUUCCCCCACCAGGACCACAGAUGUUCAAGUCUUCCCCACCAGGACCACAGAUGUUCAAGUCUUCCCCCACCAGGACCACAGAUGUUCAAGUCUUCCCCUGGACCACAGAUGUUCAAGUCUUCCCCAGGACCACAGAUGUUCGUCUUCCCCACCAGGACCACAGAUGUUCAAGUCUUCCCCCACCAGGACCACAGAUGUUCAAGUCUUCCCCACCAGGACCACAGAUGUUCAAGUCUUCCCCCACCAGGACCACAGAUGUUCAAGUCUUCCCCCACCAGGACCACAGAUGUUCAAGUCUUCCCCACCAGGACCACAGAUGUUCUGUCUUCCCCACCAGGACACAGAUGUUCAAGUCUUCCCCCACCAGGACCACAGAUGUUCCAGGACCACAGAUGUUCAAGUCUUCCCCCCACCAGGACCACAGAUGUUCAAGUCUUCCCCCACAGGACCACAGAUGUUCAAGUCUUCCCCACCAGGACCACAGAUGUUCAAGUCUUCCCCCACCAGGACCACAGAUGUUCAAGUCUUCCCCACCAGGACCACAGAUGUCCGUCUUCCCACCAGGACCACAGAUGUUCAAGUCUUCCCCCACCAGGACACAGAUGUUCAAGUCUUCACCACCAGGACCACAGAUGUUGAAGUUUCCCCAAAAGGACCACAGAUGUUCAAGUCUUCCCCACCAGGACCACAGAUGUUCAAGUCUUCCCCCCACCAGGACCACAGAUGUUCAAGUCUUCCCCCCAGGACCACAGAUGUUCAAGUCUUCCCCCACCAGGACCACAGGAUACAGAUGUUCAAGUCUUCCCACAGGACCACAGAUGUUCUGUCUUCCCCACCAGGACCACAGAUGUUCAAGUCUUCCCCACCAGGACCACAGAUGUUCAAGUCUUCCCCCACAGACCACAGAUGUUCAAGUCUUCCCCACCAGGACCAGAUGCAAGCUUCCACCACCAGGACCACAGAUGUUGAAGUUUUCCUGAAGGACUACAGAUGUUCCAUGCCUCUACCAGGACCAUGUGCUCUGACGAGUGAAGACUGCGGCACGGGGAGUGAAGACUGCAGCAUGGAGAAUGAAUACUAUGGUAUGGGAAGUGAAUACUGCGGCAAGGGAGUGAAUAUUGCGGCACGGCACAGUGAGUGA